AUGUGUCCUAAUCCUAUCCUGUUGUCUGUUUCAGAGGGCUGUCCCAAGGCUGUCCUGACCCUGCAGCCUGCCUGGUCACAGAUAUUCUCAGGAGAGACAGUCACCCUGAGCUGUGAGGUGGAGGGGGACUCUGCUGGCUGGAGGUUUAAACAGUACAGAGAUGGACGUGAAGAGGCAGGGUGCAGUGAUCUAUACAGGAGAAGAAAUGGGGACAGCUGCACAAUCAGUAAAGCUCGGCAUUCUCACAGUGGAGUGUACUGGUGUGAGUCUGCAUCAGGACAGGAGCGCAGUAAUGCUGUCAACCUAACUGUGUCAUAUGGACGAGUGAUCCUGCAGACUCCCCCCCAGCCUGUGUUUGAGGGAGACUCUCUGACUCUGAGGUGUCUUAUCCGCGAUGGUUAUAAAGCUGCCAGGGUUAUAUUUUAUAAAUAUAAUAGAGAGUUACAGUCCCGGGCUGACACAGAGCUGAGUGUGGAUCGUGUUUCAAAGAGUGACGAGGGGUUCUACAAGUGCAAAGCAUGGUGGUGGUGGAACUCCUCCCCUUACUCUAGUGACUCUGCAGAGGUGCGGGUGUCAGUGAGAGGUAGGUUCAUUCUAACAGAGAGAGUCCUCACCCCCUUCUCUGUCUGUAAUGUCUCACAGAUACAUUCACACUGGAGUCUAUUCCAGCUGUGUUAAUGUGACUCUGCAGAGGUGCGGGUGUCAGUGAGAGGUAGGUUCAUUCUAACAGAGAGAGUCCUCACCCCCUUCUCUGUCUGUAAUGUCUCACAGAUACAUUCACACUGGAGUCUAUUCCAGCUGUGUUAAUGUGACUCUGCAGAGGUGCGGGUGUCAGUGAGAGGUAGGUUCAUUCUAACAGAGAGAGUCCUCACCCCCUUCUCUGUCUGUAAUGUCUCACAGAUACAUUCACACUGGAGUCUAUUCCAGCUGUGUUAAUGUGACUCUGCAGAGGUGCGGGUGUCAGUGAGAGGUAGGUUCAUUCUAACAGAGAGAGUCCUCACCCCCUUCUCUGUCUGUAAUGUCUCACAGAUACAUUCACACUGGAGUCUAUUCCAGCUGUGUUAAUGUGACUCUGCAGAGGUGCGGGUGUCAGUGAGAGGUAGGUUCAUUCUAACAGAGAGAGUCCUCACCCCCUUCUCUGUCUGUAAUGUCUCACAGAUACAUUCACACUGGAGUCUAUUCCAGCUGUGUUAAUGUGACUCUGCAGAGGUGCGGGUGUCAGUGAGAGGUAGGUUCAUUCUAACAGAGAGAGUCCUCACCCCCUUCUCUGUCUGUAAUGUCUCACAGAUACAUUCACACUGGAGUCUAUUCCAGCUGUGUUAAUGUUCUCAACACAACUCAGGUG